GAGCUGUAUUUCAUGUCCAGUGGGAAUCCCAGUGCCUACGUCCCCGCAGGAACUGUGUAUAAACUGAUCGACCCUUCACGGAGAGCACCACCGGGGAAGUGUCGCUACAAACCGCAGCCCGUCACCGUGAAAGGAAAAUUACUGCCAUUUCGGCCGAAAGAGAAACUCAUCCUGGAGACGAAAACCACAACAGUCGCCCCGCCUGCGGUCAGUCCCAGGCCUAGGCCAACUGGGGCCUCAACGCACAGGCCCAAGACAGGUCGGAAAGAGAAAAGCCAGGCCAGAACAAUCACGACCACCACCACUGCCACGGCCCCUCGGCCUCCUACUUUGAGCUGGCGCUGGGAGAAGCCGGGCCCACUGACCACCAAACCCCCACCCGGCAGCCAGAGGCCGCCAACGGAGGUGGAGAGAGGCCAGGGGCCGGGAGCAGCCGGGGGUCAGGGGUCAAAGGCGGGAAAGAGGAGGCGUGGGCGUCCGCGGGAGGGGACGGUGCGGCUGGCGGGGACCAGGAGGCAGCACCAGAGGAGGAGGAGGAGGAGGCUGGGCGAAGGGAGGGUCGAGGUCUACAUUGGCGGGCAGUGGGGCACCAUCUGCAGCAGCUCGUGGAACUCCAAGUCUGCGGCGGUGGUCUGCCACCAGCUGGGCUACCGGGGCGCGGCCAGGGCAACCGGCAAGUCGGAGUUCGGGCCCAGCAUUCUGCCCAUCCUCCUGGACGGCGUGAGGUGUGAGGGCACCGAGAGAAGCCUCUUGCGGUGCCGUCAUGGGCCCCUGGGGAAACACAGCUGCUCGCGCGGGCAGGUGGCUGGCGUCGUGUGCCACGCCAAACGCCAAACCUAACCCGCAUGCAAACAGGCCCAUCGGCCCAUCACGACCACGACCAGGAAGUCGGUGCGGCUCAGACACUGACCCUUCAGGCCAUCAUGUCUGUGCUGACCACAGUGCCAUUGUAAAGCUGUACAGCACGGAAACAAGCCCUUUGGCCCAACCCAUCCAUGCUGACCGGGUUUCCUGAUCUGAUCUAGCUCCAUUUUCCUGUGUUUGGCCCAUAUCGAUCUAAACCUUCCCUUAUUAAUGUACCUGCCCAAAUGUCUGUUAAAUGUUGUAACUGUGCCCACCUCCAAUCUUCCUCCAGCAGCUCGUCCCAUCUGCACACCACCCUCUGCGUGGAAAAGUUUCCCCUCGGGUCUCUUUUCAAUCCUUCCCCUCUCACCUUUAAACCAAUACUCUUUAGUUUUAGACUCCCCUACCCUGGAGAAAAGACCUUUUGCAAUUUACCUGAUCUACAUCCCUCAUGA